AGGGCAGAGGACAGCUCAGUCAGUAGUGCUUCUGCAGCAGCAGCAGCAGCAGCAACCUUGGCUGGACAGCGCGCAGGCGCACCCUGGCUCUGACCUACUUAAGGCACGCUGAAGCCGGGGAGCUCUGGCUGGCUGCCUUUCGGGCGGCUUUGCGGCUUUUGCGGGGAAAGAGCAGGAGGAGCGGGAGCAUUAUUCCGACGCCGUUGGAGCUUUUGGAGUCAACGUCUCCUCCCUGAAGGACUGACUGCAGAGCCGGACAAGCCGAGCCCUCCCUCCUUCACUGGCUCUCCAUGUGAUGUGGUGAUCAAAGUUGAGGUCUGCAGAUUCAGGCUUCUUAAUUCCCAUCCAAAAAGGGUUCUUUUGUCUUGGCUUUGGAAACUCCAUGGAUCAAGGUUAAUAUAUCCAACGGCUCUGUGCAGGAGGGUACAUUACGCAGCUCCUGAUCCAUUCAGAAGCACAUUGAAAGCAGAUGAACAUGUACAACAGCCACCUCCUUUUGUAUUACUGGACUACCAUUCACCUUUUUGUCUUAUUAGCAGUUUUAACAACUGCUGAAGAAGUCACUAAUAGCACCUUAAACCGCACUGACAUGCUUAUAGGAUCUAUACCUGUAGUCAUCUCCAGAGUCGACCACGUUAUAGUCAAAGAAGGCAAAAGUGCUUUGAUCAACUGCAACAUUCAAGGUCAGCCAGGACCAGAGUACAAGUGGUACAACUCCAAUGGCCAUUUAGUAAAGGACGAUGAAGACAGAGGAAAAUGGAUUCUUGAUGAUGGGCAAUUAAAUAUUACAAGUGUGUCAUUUGAGGAUCGAGGAAAAUAUACAUGUACUGCUUCUAAUAUUUAUGGCCAAGUGAACAACACAGUGACUCUAAGGGUUGUCUUCACCUCUGGAGAUAUGGGAAUCUACUAUAUGAUUGUAUGCCUUGUAGCAUUUACCAUUGUUAUGAUCUUAAACAUUACUAGGCUCUGCAUGAUGAGCAGCCAUCUAAAAAAGACGGAGAAAGCGAUCAAUGACUUCUUUCGGACAGAAGGGGCAGAAAAACUGCAAAAAGCUUUUGAGAUUGCUAAACGCAUCCCAAUCAUCACGUCAGCAAAAACCCUUGAGCUUGCCAAAGUAACCCAAUUCAAGACCAUGGAGUUUGCCCGCUACAUUGAAGAACUGGCCCGGAGUGUUCCAUUGCCGCCUCUCAUCAUGAACUGCAGGACUAUCAUGGAAGAAAUCAUGGAGGUGGUGGGAUUAGAGGAGCAGGGCCAGAAUUUUGUCAGGCAGUCAGCAGAAGGACAGGAGACAGAGACCACCGAUACCGAGGAUAUGUACAUGAUCCGCAAUUCCCUAAAACACAGGGGCUCCCUCGCUGCUGACUCAGAUGCCUCUUCGCUGCAUGAACCUCCCCUCAAGAUUGCAAUAAAGGUGUCUGUUCACCACUUGAUGAAAAGGGACUGUGUCGAUGACCAGUCACAAGACAGUGUGCAGUUAGAAAUCAAAGAAGAGGAGGAGGAGGUUGCUCAAGAGCCAGCAGCACAAUCCUCUAAGCCAGUCUUGGAGCCUUCUGGCCCAGUCACAGAGCCUUCUGAUGAACUCAGCCCUACUGUGGCCACUCUGGAAAAUGACAUGGACAUGUCUACUCUUUAUGAAAGCCAUUUAUGAGAAGUUCUCUGCAAAUCUAUGCAUACCAAGAAAAUAUUGAAAAUCUUAGGGGGUUAUUUUUCUUUUUGCCAAUAAGCCUUACCUAAAGAUCAUCACAGCAAAAGCACGUGUUUGGAUUACUUGGCACUUCCUCAUGUAUAUAACUUUAGUCAGCAGGUUUGACAGAAUAAUUGACAUUACUCUAAUAUUUAAUUGCUCUUUCUUGGUUUAGAAUAAUUUUUUGGUUUUUUAGCUAUACUGUUUACCUCAAAUAAUUAUUUAGGUUUCAGCCCUCCUUGCAGAGGGAACUAGAAGUCAUAUGUCGUGCUUAGAAUGGGACUUAUAAGCUCUGGUUCCCAAAAACACUUGACCUUCAGAAUUGUUCAGUUCUGGGUUGAAGGAUUGCUCUGUUACAUAAACUGGGAAAAGAUGCUGUUUCCCCAUUUUAUUUUAUUACCUAUUCCCUUGUGAGGAGUUUUUAUGUAACUCUCCUCUCAUGAUUGUGAAAUAUUGUUUCAGAGGGAGCAGUUCCAUUGUCAAAGUAAGACCUUUGCGGGAUACCUGUGUUGAGGGAGAAAAUGAGGCCAAAUAUUUGGAUUUAGAGCACUGAGGUUGGAGAGUGUCUGUUUUGUUUUCCCCCUUGUUUUGUUCACACAGCCUACUUCUUUGAAAGGGCAAUUUGUUUCCAGUCUGAAAGCAGAAUCUCAAUGGUCGUUGCAGUCUGGAGCUCAUCUACCUGAUCUUCUGCCAGCUCUGAUGACAACAUGAAAAAGAAAAAUAGGCAUUUUUUGUGUAGAUGAUAGAAUAUCCACAGGUGGAGCUUAUUCUUUGACAACGAACUUGAGCCUGAAAAACAUUGGUUUUUGUUCUAAUUGUCGAAGCUCUCGUGAGGUGUUCUUGACAAGAUUUGUUCCAAGAGAGUGGCUUGACAUUGUUUUUCUCUGAGGUUGAGAAGCUGAAUUGCCCAGUAGGUUUCCAUGGCCAAGUGAGGAUUUGAACCUUGGUCUCUCAUAACCCUAGUUCAGUGCUCAAACCACUACACCACACUGUAGAAAAGAAGGGUCCCUUGUCUGCUCUUGCAUCUGCCACCUCACCCAUUUACACAAGCCAUUUAAUGAGAUAGGAAUUCAACUGUGUUGUUUGUUACUACAUGGCCAGAAAUUAACCAUUUAUAAUUUGGAAGAGGGAAUGAUUUUUUUUUCUGUGUCACAAGCGACUUGAGAAACUGCAAGUUGCUUCUGGUGUGAGAGAAUUGGCCAUCUGCAAGGACGUUGCCCAAGGGACGCCUGGAUGUUUUGAUGUUUUUACCAUCCUUGUGUGAGGCUUCUCUCAUGUCCCUGCAUGGAGAUGGAGCUGAUAGAGGGAGCUCAUCCAUGCUUUUCCCGGGUUGGAUUUGAACCAGCAACCUUCAAGUCAGCAAGCCAGCCUUCAAGUCAUCAGUCCUGCUGGCACAAGGAUUUAACCCACUGCUCCACCGGGGGCUCAGUAAUUCUCCUAGAUGUGUUUUAUGGAAUAUAAGCCAUCAGACCUCUGUGAAGGCAAUGAAUGUGACUUUGCAUUAGCAUUUAUAGGCAGCAUGAGAGGGUAAGUUUGUGGACUAGGUGGAAGUGAAAUAACUGCUCUGCAUAAACAGAAAUGAAGCGAUGCCAGAAAAUAAUGUUGGCAUUACUCAUCAGUCCCUUAAAAGGUAUAAUACACAUCUUAAAGAAACCUUGGGAAACUUUUUAACUACAGCCACGAGAAGCCUCCUUUCAGCUUGACAACUAACAGUACUAACUACUGGAUUCUGAGAGGUGUAGUUCCAAAACAUGCAGGAGAAGGAAGGAUGUAGUUCCCCAAGCCCUAGCACAGUAGUUCUCAACCUGUGGGUCACCAGAUGUUUUGACCUUCAGCUCCCAGAAAUCCUAACAACUGGUAAACAGUUGUUAUAAUGGUCACAUGGUUUUAAUUGUUUUAAUUUAAUUUGGAUACUGGCUUUUAUUUUAUGUUUGGUGUUUUAUGUUUGAUUUUUACUACAUGUUGUAUUAUAUGUGGCAUUUAAUUCUGCCAUUGUGUAAGACGGCUCUGGGUCCCCCUGGGGGAGAAGAGCGGUAUAUAAAUUAAAUAAAUAAAUAAACUGGCUGGGAUUUCUGGGAGUCAUAGGUGAAAUCACCUUGGGACCCAGAGGUUAAGAACCACUGCCAUAGCAGUUAACCACCUCUGCUGUACACCAAACAUAAUUGCAUAAAACCCUUACCAUAUACCUGCCCUACCUUUCUGUAUUUCAUGAACUAAAAUGCACCAAACAUCAACAUUCCUUCCAGAAACUAAGGUUGUUUAAAAUUGCAAUUCAUAUAGAACUACUCAUAGGAGUUAAGUUGUUAGUAAUGUGCCUUUAAGUACCCUCUGACUUACAGCAACCCCACCAUAGCAUUUUCUUUGUGAGAUUUAUUCAGUGGACAUCUGCUAUUGCUUUCUUCUAGGACUGAGACCCUGUGACGUAAGUCACCCAGUACGUCUCUGAUUUGAGUGGGGAUUCAAAUCCUGAUUAUUUGGAAUUUUAAUGUGAACACUCAGACCAUGCCAUCCUGUUGGAUCUUGUACAUAGAUAAGAAUCAAGGGCAUUUAGGACAAAAGGAGGUCAUAAAAAGCAGAAGGCAUACACAUUUUUCCUACCUAAUCUUUAAAGCACGUCUGCACACACAAACACACAAUUUUAUGAAAAAUAUGAAAAUACAAAUGUUUGCUGGAGAAAGGCCCUGCAUCCACAGGAGAGAGGUUCCCAGCUAGACCACAGUUACCUGAAACUUUGGAUGCGCCAAUACAUUACCUGAUUUCCUGUUUCAGCUUACCAUACAGUUGGGCUGUUUGUAGAAUUAUUCAGGAAUUUGCUAGCUCCUCAAGCAUGACUCUGAUAACUUUCAGGGAAACAUACCAUGGAAUUGCCUGGAGGCCCUAGUUAAUUCCUAAAGACCAUCUUUGCCAGGACAUGAGUAAGUGAUUUCACGAUAUGGAUUCCGCAGUUAUGGGGACCUUACUAAAAAUGAAAGAAAUCAAACCAAAUAUGUGUGUAAAAUACAUUGCUGAACAAAGACUUCAAUGCAGAUAUAAAUUCUAAGUAGUUUACACCUAUUGAGCCAAUUUAAAUUACACAAGCGCUGACAUACUGAAUUACCAUUGAUUCAACAAGCCACAAUUCCUGAAGCAGCCACAAAGCACAUGUUUAGUUUCCACACUUAGGGUUCCAUUUUCUUGCUCUUAGUACUCAGGAAUUUAAGGAGGGUUGCACUUCUGUUACCUCCACUGAAACCUAAUUUAGAUAUUAAAUGCAAAUGCUAAUUCUGUGAAACAGCUGGGUGCGUUUAGGGACUCCAAACUCAAAGACAUUUUGCACCAGUUCUAAUAACUCAAUCAUUUAACUAGAGUAUAAUUUAAUUGCAAAAUGUUUGUUUGUAAAGAGCAUGGAUGCCCUUCACUACUGUUUCCUUUUAUUUUUAGAAAAUAUUACUGUAUUCCGUAUUUGAUAUUCACUGGUAAUGACUCAUAGAAACCUCAGAUGACAUCAGUUUCCUAUACUGAAAGGUUUGCAAUCAAAAUCCCAGGCACAUAUGUAACCUGGGAAAGAAAUGCACAUGCAGGUAGAUCUUUAUGAACUGUUUUAUACAACACUGUAUAAACUGAAUAUCAGGCUCACACAAAAAGGAGUCUUAAAACCACCCUUAAGGUUAAUAACUAUGACUGGGUAGACGAGCAAACUCUUCAUCAAGGUAUGACAUGAUAUCCUCAGCAAGUGGUAUAGGUGUAUAGUAAAACAUUCUAAACAGUGGAGCUAAACUGCAAUGAAAUGGGCAAAGUUCAGGUUGUAACAAUUACUAAAUUAAAGCUGAAAAUUCAAACUAGCAAUCAUUCAAGCUGAAUAGCAGACUAUUUCACAACAGGAAAAGCUCCCAAGUGUGCAAACAUUGCUUUCCCCACAAUAUACAUUGGUUCUCAGAUGUUGGGGCUCAGAGCCAAGGAAGGACUGUGCCUGUUCAUGGGGCUUUCUUUUGCCUGUUGUGGAGAAAACAAUUGGAGAAGCAGCUGAGUGGAUUAGUCAGGAUUUAAAUUCUGUGAAAUCCCAGGUACAAGAGGAUUUGCAAUGUAUGCUGAAUGUUCAUCUUGAAAUGGCAAUCGAUUUGUAGAAGGGGUUACUCAUUUCUCCACUUAUACGACUCAAACUAGUGCCAGAUGUGGCAGAGGUGUAAUUGUACAGGCCUCUAGAAGUUGUUGAACUACAACUCUCAGAUGUCCUCACCAACAUAACUAGUGUUGAGGAAUGCUGGGAAUUGCACUUGAGCAACAUCUAGAUCAGUGGUUCCCAAUUUUUGGGCCUCGAGGUGUUUUGGACUUCAACGCCCAGAAAUCCCAGCCAGCUUACCAGCUGUUAGGAAGUGUGGCUUCUGAAGUCCAAAACACCUGGAGGCCCAAUGGUUGAGAACCACUGAUGUAGAGGACUGAGGUGGGAAAAGCUGUUCUGCAGUGUGAUAUUAUGACUUGCCUUUUCUUGUGAUUAGUCAUCUCUUCUUCAAAGAUGUUGAGAGUUCAUAGCUUUGUCAUUGUAGCUAAUCAUUCAGAUUGUUUGUACUAUGAUGUUCCAUGUGGAGUUUCUAAUCCUUGGCAGCACAUGGAGUACAUCUCAAGCAAGUGUAAUAAAUGUGAACAAGUGUUAACUCUUAGAGUCUGAAAUUAGAGAGUUGCCCUUAGUUACUAAGCUGUCUCCAGACAAAAGAAUAUUUACAAGCUGCUAACCUACGUUCAUAGACUGUAGAAUUUCUGCAAAGAAGCUGCUUGCACUAAAGCAAAUGUCAUCAUUUGAAACACUAAUAGUCAUGAAUAUUGUGCUACACAAAAGUGUAAUUUCUGUGUCUUCAUUUGAAGUUACUUGUGCCGUCCGCCAGACAAUAAAAAAUAACUAUAAAGCUGAAA